AUGUUCAGGGAACCUAUAGUUAUUGUGGUCUUAAUAUUGAGUUCAACAUGGGCCUUAUAUUUUGAGGAGUGUGCCGAUGUUGCUGAAGAUUCCUUUAUAGCAGUGGCAAACGAUUGUCAUUCUUUUAUCUAUUGCAGUGAUGAGGAAUCCUCAUUUCAAGAUACUUGUCCAGAUGACACCUAUUUCGAUGUAGAAACUAAGGAAUGUCAAAUUGAUUACGAUAAUAUUUGCCCGGCCGGAAAUGAUAAAAUGGAAGAGGAUGAUGUUACAACAGUACUUACAGAAAUGGAGAUAAUUACUACAACAACUCCAAGCUCAAUUGCCACAACUUCGCCACAUUUAACCACCAUUUAUGAACAUGUUGUGGCUUUAACAUCCAGACCUAAAUGUUCCCGCCAUAAAGAUGCCUAUUAUCCACACUUUCAUCGUUGUGAGUACUAUUUCAAGUGUGUUGCUGGUUAUUUAACCAUUUUAAGGUGUAAUUUCUAUCAUGCCUGGGAUUAUCAAAAGGAAAUGUGUGUUCCUUAUAAUAUGGUAAAGUGUUAUGGUACCUCUAAGCUAAGUAAUCUAAAGCCAAAAUUGCCAGGAACAAUUGUUAAGUUGUUGUAG